AUGCCCGGUGAAAACUCUCAAUCCGCUUUAGGCGCGAAAUCAAAGAAGUCAAAGAAGAAGGCCGCGACAGCCAAGGACAAUGCUCAGACCACUGAGUCCGUACCCCGCGGGGACUCCGAAAAUGCAGAGACCGCAAAGGUAUACUCGUCCUCGUCGCCGCUUCUUACUAUAAACCGCAUUCCUAACGACUAUGCACAGACCGAUCCUAAUGAAAUAGGCAACGAUGAAAACCCCUCCGCUGAUGCCCCUCAACCUGAUACCACUGAGACCACCGACGAAAAUGCACAGAAUGAUUCUUCGAACGGCUCUAAAACUGUUAUCGGCGCGCAUAAGGAUUCCGAUGAUGCCCCCGCGACGGACGCUGAGCCUAAUGAUCGCUUCGAUGCAUUGGUCCGAGACCGAGACUCCCUACGGGCGGAAGUCAUUGAUAUGCGCAAAUCGUUGGAAGAGAUCCAGUCCAAGCAUAAGGAUGAUAUGGAGGCAUUGCAACAGAAAUUGGGCGACUCAGAGACUAAGAAAGAGCAGGCGGAGGCACAGUUUCAGAUGCUUUUGGAACGUGUAAAUACAAUCAAGUCUCAACUAGGACAACGGCUGAAGGAGGACGAGGAAGAACUAUCCCAAGCCAGAUCCCAGAUCGAGGACCUCGAGGAUGAGAACGCAAACUUGAAGUCACAGCUUGACUCGAAGUCUUCGGAGCUGACCGAGGUCUCGGAUGAAUCGAAACAGAAAUCUAAGGAGAUCAACACGCUUCGAGAUCGUACCACUUUGUCACAGCAGAAUUGGCUGAAGGAGAAGGACGGAUUAAUCGAGCAGGAAGCUUACCUGCAAUCCGAGUUCGAACAAGCCAAGGAAGCUAUGCAUAAUUGGGAGAUCCUUGCGAUGGAAGAACGAUCUAUUAGAGAGAACUUGGGUGAGAAGGUCGUUGAUCUGGAAGAACAGUUGGGUAGUCUUCGUGAUGCCUAUGAAAAAGUAUCGGGAGAACGCGAUGGCCAACAAUCCACUGUUGAUGGUCUUCAGCGUGCUUUGCAGGAGAUUCAAGCUGCGCGGAAACAGGAGCUUCGUGAGCUGGUAGAAAGCUCAGAUACUCAACUGGAAGAGCUUAGGCGAUCUCUACGAGAGGCACAGCAACAGGCUAGUGAUGCGGAUAAGAACCUUCACACUGCGCAAGAGGAGAUCGAGCGAGUGCGUCCGUUCGAGAAGGAGGUAAAGGAAAAGAACCUUCUUAUUGGGAAAUUGAGACAUGAAGCUGUCACGCUGAAUGAUCACCUUACCAAGGCUUUGCGAUUCUUGAAGAAGGGCAAGGCGGAAGAUAAUGUUGACAGAAAUAUCGUUACAAACCACUUCCUGCACUUCCUCGCACUGGAUCGAUCAGACCCCAAGAAGUUCCAAAUUUUACAACUCAUCGCCGCUCUUCUAGGCUGGGAUGAUGGUAAGUUGCUCCACUGUAUGCACUACGGAACCGAGAUCCAAUACUUACAAUUUCUAGAACAACGUGAACAAGCCGGUUUAGCUAGACCUGGUACCUCAAACCAGCCAGGUAAACUACGCGUCCCUGGAACUCCACUGCGCACACCGAGCACACCUAAUCUCGCUGGAUUCAUGGACAAUGGAGGAUCCGCUACCAAGGAGGGACUAGCCGAACUCUGGUCGGAUUUCUUGGAUCGGGAGGCUGAAGAGAAGCAGAUGAACUCCAUGAGGAGAGGUAGCCAUCCUGGUCCGGCUAAAUCAUAG